AUGACAAAUUUUUACCAUGUUCUAGCUUUCCAGCAAAUUAAAGCCAUCGAAGGACAGGCCGUUACUCUACCCUGCAAUGUAAGGCUUCCCGAGAAGAAGGAAGAUAUUGCUUUAGUGCUCUGGUUUAGAGACGAUUCGGGUGUUCCUGUUUACAGUUUUGACGCUCGCUCUGGCUCAUUUUACAAAGCAACACAUUUUACAGAUAAUCCUCUAAGCUCACGAGCUCACUUCAACGUAAACUACAAACCUCCUGCUUUAAAAAUCGAGAAUGUUAUCAAAGAUGAUGAAGGAGAAUACGAAUGUCGAGUAGACUAUCGAAAAGCACGAACUGAAAAAUGGAAAAUAUUCUUGAAGAUUAUCGUGCCUCCGAAAUCUGUAAUCAUAAUGGACGAAAAUGGACAACGUCUCCAGGGGCUGGUUGGACCAUUUAACGAAGGAUCAAUUUUGUUAUUAACGUGCGAAGCUGAUGGAGGCGAUCCACCUCCAGCUGUGACCUGGUGGCAAGAAUCUAUUAUAUUAAACAGUGAUUACAUCAUUACGCCUUUGAAAAUAUCUCGGAAUGAAUUCAUAAUUGAGGCUCUAAAGAGAGAACAUCUGUGGGCUAAGUUAACAUGCCAAGCUUCCAAUACAAACUCGACUUCUCCUGUAACCGGCUCUAUUCUGUUAGAUUUAAAUCUGAAACCUUUACACGUCCGUAUAACAUCAAGAAGACAGCCUCUAUCGGCAGGUCGUAGAGUUGAAAUAGAAUGUCAAUCAGUGGGUUCCAGACCCCCAGCUAGAAUGACUUGGUGGAAAGAUGGAAAGAAAAUAUUCUCCGCGUCAGCGAUAACCACCCCAGAAAAUAUCACAAUCAGCAAGUUAAUUUUUACUCCAGAAAUAGAUGAUCACAAAAAGGUAUUGACUUGUCGGGCCGAUAAUCCAGACGUCGGAAACAGUGUCAAAGAAGCAGAAUGGAAACUUGACGUAAUUU